UGUGUGUGUGUGACAGCAUGCUUUAAUCAGUGUUGGAUGCGAUAGUAACGACACAAUGUUGGAACCGACACUACGCGAGGUGCUCCGCGCCCAUGAAAGGAUCUUACCCUUUAUACGACGCACACCGAUAUUCAGUAGCCGGACAGUGGACAGGCUUACCGGACUAACUGUCCACUUCAAGACAGAGAACUUUCAGAAAACCGGUUCUUUCAAGGCCAGAGGAGCAUUGAAUGGGAUUCUGACUCUACUGGAACGGAAACCAACCAUAAAAGGAGUGGUAACACACAGUACUGGUAACCAUGGACUCGCCCUCGCCUGGGCAGCACAACAGAUCAAACUACCCUGUUCUGUGGUCGUACCCUGCAAUACCCCAGCUGUUAAAGUGGAAGCUGUCAAAGCUUAUGGCGCCAAUGUACAACUUUGUCAAAUUGACAUACAAGACAGACAUACAUUAUGUGAAAAAAUUGCAGAUGAAAAACAGUUUGAAAUCAUUGCUCCAUUUGACAAUGUGGAUGUCAUUGCCGGUCAGGGUACAAUUGGAAUUGAACUCAUGCAACAAGUACCUGAGCUGGAAGCAGUUAUAGUUCCUGUUGGAGGUGGUGGUCUCGCUGCGGGGAUAUCGCUUGCCACAAAGUUAGUGAGUCCAAAGACUAAAGUAUAUAUGGUGGAACCACUUGGCAAAGAAUUGGGAAAGAGCAUGAAAGCAGGGCGCCGAAUGUGGGAAGGACCCCCAGCUCGAGUGAACACCAUAGCUGAUAGUAUAGCCAGGCAGCAACUUGGUGAAAUCACAUGGCCUAUAGUGCUGAAGUAUGCUGAGAACGAUGUCCUGAGUGUAACAGAUCAAGAAAUCAUUGAAGGAAUGAAGUUUGCUUUUCAAACUAUGAAGGUGGUCAUCGAGUCUGCUUCAGCAACUGGUCUCACUGCUCUCCUACAACACAAGUUUCAACAUCUACAUACUUCAGCACAAAACGUUGGAGUGAUUCUUUGUGGUGGCAAUGUAGAUUUGGAUCAGUUACCAUGGCAAACGAACCUGUCUUCAAAUAAGGAAACCUGAGAGCAACCACUAUUUCACGAUUUGAUUGUAAAACAUGACCAAAAAAGCCUGGCACCAACAGACAUCUUACAAGACAAGACCAAAGGCUGCCCUGCAUAACAAAAGGUGAUGGCGUCACAAAGACUAGCAUUAUUUUGCAAAACUAUUAUUCUGUCAGACUCAAAGAAUACCAAAAUAUAUAUAAAUAUAUAUAUAAAAAUAAUAUAAACAUUUUAAAUCAUUAAAUAAAAUACAAAUCUAAUAAUUUGA